AUGUCCUUCCGCACCAAUGGAGGACGUCUAGAUCAGCUAGCGACGCUCCAGUAUUUCCAGUGGGAGGAAAAGUUCACCAAGCAAAAACCAUACGCCCUUCUGAUGAAGGCCCCUGACGACUUCCCCUGCGUUAACUACACCUACGGGCCUGGCCCACCAGAGAAGGUGGAGGACAUGCGGGGCCGCGAAGACGAAUACACUCUCGACUCACAUGGAUUCGCGGUCCGGUCUCAGGUACUUCCCGUCAUCGACUUUGGCGGGAAGCACGUCGAAGAGGACUACCUUCCGAUGGUCCAUCAACUGAUCCACGAUGAGUGUGGGUCAGAUGCCGAGGUUUUCAUCUUUGACUGGAGGCUUCGCUCUAGUAACGAGGAGAAGACCAAGCAUGAUGCGACGGAGUACGUCAAUAUUGCCGACCCUCAACUCCACCUCCGACCGGCUAUUGGCGCACACGUUGACCAAACACCGGCAGCGGCCAGACGCCGCGUCUUCCACCACAUGCCGGACCGUGCGGAACACCUUUUGAAGUCCAAGCGGUUCCGAAUCAUAAACGUCUGGCGUUCCAUCGCUUUGCCUGUCGAGGACCACCCGUUGGCCUGCUGUGAUGGCAGCGUGGUGCGCCCCGAGGACAUGGUGCCAGUCGACAGUGUUCGUUCCUCGUUCAUCGGCGAAAGCUGGCAGACCAUGUACCGAGAUCACUAUCGGUGGUACUAUAUGAGCAAACAGACAAAGGACGAACCUUUGCUGAUCAAGAUCUUCGACUCCAAUGUGGCUGCCAAGGCAAAAUGCUGCCCCCAUACGUCUUUCAAGAUUUCUAGCGCGCCAGAAUCGGCUGCGCCCCGCGAAAGCAUUGAAGUCAGGGCUUUGGUUUUCACUGAUAGCUGA